AAGAGACGGAAAUAAGGACCAAUCAUCUUCCUCAUGUCAUAUGGUGAAGGCUUUCACGGACGCACUGAGCGUAUCCGCCAGGUGCCCCAGUAUGACCAGGUUCCCCAAGGGUCUAUACCAGGAGAUGAAUCCUAUGAUCUUCGACCGCUUAGAGAACAAAACACUCUGCUUGCUCCAAGUGCUGAUCCCCUACCACCACCACCUCUGCAGGACAGCCCUCCUGUGGGACCUGAGUUUGACCCAAGUAGCAGUGAGGACAUCACAGAUCCAGACCCUGACCCUGCUGUUGACUUUGACAUCAAACCAGUUCAUCGCUUUAUUCCAGAUUCCUGGAAGAACUUCUUCAGAGGCAACAGUGGCCGGAGCAGUAGCAAACCCUGGCCCAUGUCUGCCUCCUCGAGCAACAAUAACAAUAGCAGCAGUGAAGCAGUGCGUUGCUCACCUCCUCACUCCCCUUCUUUUCCUGGCUCAUAUUGUGAUCCCUAUGGGGGGUCAGGCAGCAGCUGCAACUCCCGUAAGGAGUUGCUGGAAUUACGGGAGCCCCAUGAGUCCAUAUCAGCACAUACCCAGCACACAGGUUUGACCUACAGUGAGCGAGUGCAGGAGUACCACCAACGCUACGCCUACAUGAAGUCCUGGGCAGGUCUGCUUAGGAUUCUGGGGUGCAUUGAGCUACUAUUGGGAGCAGCAGUAUUUGCCUGCGUCUGCGCCUAUGUGCACAAAGACAAUGAGUGGUUCAACAUGUUUGGAUACUCCUCUCCUGGUGGAGCAUAUGGUGGAUAUGGAGGAGGACUAUACGGCUCAGGUACAGGUGGGGCCUACUACACGGGUCCUAAGACUCCUUUUGUUUUAGUGAUAGCAGGACUGGCCUGGUUGGUGACUGUAAUAGUGCUAGUGCUGGGGAUGACGAUGUACUACCGCACCAUUCUGCUGGACUCAUCCUGGUGGCCUCUGACUGAGUUUACCAUAAAUCUUGCUGUGGCAGUACUGUACCUGGCAGCAGGGAUUGUCUAUGUACGAGACACAACUCGCGGAGGCCUGUGUUCCUACCCUGUGUUCAAUAAUGGCAUUAAUGGUGCAUUCUGCCGAACGGAGGCUGGCCAGACUGCUGCUAUCAUCUUUCUCUUUGUCAAUAUGAUAUUGUAUCUGAUUGGAGCCAUGGUGUGUCUGAAGCUUUGGAGACACGAAGCUGCUCGUAAAUAUCGGGAUAGACACGGUCAAGAGUUGCAGUCUUCAGUGGUGGUUGGUUCACAUUCCUUGGCGGCUGCGGAGCCUCCUCACAACUCUCAAGAGUCUGCGCAGUGUUUCCCCGUAGUUGCCACCGAGGCCACCCAGAAGCCAGGACAUCGUCAGGUUCUCCAAGGAGCCAUUCCAUCAGGACACAUUCCCAAACCUGUUGUCAUGCCAGACUACAUGGUUAAAUACCGGGCCAUCCAUUCGGAUGAUGAGCGGGACCAGUACCGGGCCGUGUUUAACGACCAGUAUGCUGAGUACAAGGAGCUGCACUCCGAGGUGCAGGCUACGCUGAAGAAGUUUGAGGAGAUGGACGCCAUGAUGUGCAGCCUUCCUCAGCACCCUCACAGCCAGAUGGAGUAUGAGCGCAUGAACCGGAUCCUGCAGGACUACCAGAGGAAGAAAAACGAUCCCACUUUCCUGGAGAAGAAGGAACGGUGUGAUUACUUAAAGAGCAAACUCUCCCACAUUAAACAGAGGAUCCAUGAGUACGACAAAGUCAGGGGGUGUGAUGACGUCUACAGCUGAAACCGCCGCGGCCGCCUCGCAGCUCCGCUGGACACUACAGUAACACUACUGAGACCUCUUGACUUUCUGCACUGAAAAUGGGACCAAACUGGACCAAGGUUGUGUGACUUUGCAUCACUGUGAUGUUCAGUCAGACACGGCGGAUAAGAACUGCAGCGUCCCAGCAGUGAGGUUGUGCAUUUGUGAUGCGUUUCUGGUCUGUUUGUUUCUGUCACCUCUGACCUUUAAUCGUCAGUAUCAUGAAAACAUGGAGUCUGGUUUGCACGUGUGUAAAUGCGACUAGCUGAAAGAACGGUUUCCCUUAAGAUGCUCUGAAUAUGCGAAGGACACCGAUUUGUGUAUGAUGCCGUGACUACGACCGUCGUUGUGGCUCUCCGCGUAAUGCCACAAACGAAGCUGGGCUCCGCUGGUGAAUGUUUUCUGAAUAUGUAGAAGAUUUUAUUAGUGUUGCUGGACCUGGCGAGACGAAGAAGUUGUGCCCAAAGCUUUUCCCAAACGCAAGCACAUUUCCCCCGUCAGCCACUUGGUGCGGGCCAUACCGGGGCCCAGCUCGGCAUGCCUCGCACAACCCCCGUCACACCGGGUACAGCCUUCUGCUCCCCUCGUCGUGUCGUGGGAUGUGUCGGGGUACCGGCCACUGGUCCACCUGACAAGCACCUCCUGAACUGGGAUUCCCGUCUGAAACUGGAUUAUUGAAAUGCUCUUGUGACUGGACUGACUGCACGUUGUCUGUAUUUUGGAUGAGAAUCACUUAGCAGGAAGUUAGCCUACACUACCAUGGGAUUAUGGGUUUUAUAAAGAAACUUUAUCAACUGCUUUUUUUUGUUGAAGUUACUGCUCUUGUUCUGCCAUCUCCUAGAUAAUGUGUGCUGUGCGGGACGUGUUUUUGCAGGAAUGUCCCGCAUGCCUUAUUAUAGGCUGUAUAAGUCGCUGCUGUGUAUUUUCUGUUGUGCUGUCUGUACCAGACCGUACCGUUCUCCUGAUGACGUGGCCUACGUCGACCAUAUAACUGACUGCUGUGAUUAAUACGCAACCAAUAA